AUGUCUUUGCGCACCGUUCUUCAGAAUACCGUGACAUCUUCAUCUUGCUCUUCCUCAUCCUCCGUCUCCUCUUCCUCUCCCUCUUCCUCUUCGUCUGUCGAUGCUUCAUUGUCAUCCUCCUUCUUAUUACCUCUCUCGUGGCCUCCAACUCUACCACCGGCAUCAACAGCCAAUGUCUCCACUUCUGGUACUGCUGUUUCUUCCUCGUCUUUGUGUUUUUCUUCUUCCAACCUUGUCUCCAACUCCGUAUCCACCACUCCGGCCUCCACAUCUACCACUAUCUGUGUCUCAUCCACCUCCACUUCCUCUUCCUCAUCUCCGGCCUGCUCGGACCCAAUCGCCCUUAUGUCGGGGGGCGAGCCUGGACUUGAGCUCUCUCAGCCCAGUCAUUCCUCUUUGCUUUCAGACCAGUCGGGUGUACUGCAUUUGGUGAAGCCUAGUUUGGGCGAAGAGGAAGGCCGGGAGGCGGAAGGCGAGAAUGAGCAUUAUCUGCUACAGCAUGUGCUCAGUGAGGCGGAGAACAAGAGGCCAAAAUGUCCACUUUGUGGUGUUCAAGUCGACGCAUCUCGUUACUUCAUUCAUCUCAAGGUAGGUUUCUUCAUUGUAGAUAGGAGGAAAAACUGGGUUUCGAUGAAUCCCAUGUCAUAA